CCCAUAUUGAUCCAUGGGUUUGAGUUGACUUCACUCCUCCCCAGUCGCCCAUUUGAACAACUCUGGCGCCUUGCUUGGUCUUGCUUCUGAUCCCCGAUAAUAUCCCCCUUUUCAUGUCCUUCUAUCCUUAAGAUACCCUUGGGCACCCUUUCCACAGGUCUUCUACGUAAAUAUUAUUUGCGACUUUCCCUCCGCUACCCCUUAUCCUACCAUUACUUCUUUCAAGUUUUCUUGUCACAAUGGCAUCCACUUCCGCUGUAGGGUCGUAUUCGAACCCUUUGAAAAAGUUCAAGCUGGUGUUCUUGGGAGAGCAGAGCGUUGGCAAGACGUCCCUGAUUACGAGAUUUAUGUACGACUCAUUCGAUAAUACAUAUCAAGCGACCAUCGGAAUCGACUUUCUGUCGAAGACUAUGUACCUAGAGGAUAGAACUGUUCGACUCCAACUUUGGGAUACAGCCGGUCAAGAACGAUUCCGGUCGUUAAUUCCUUCCUACAUCCGGGAUUCAAGUGUUGCUGUUGUUGUUUACGAUAUUUCAAACGCCAAGUCCUUCCAGAACACCCGCAAGUGGAUAGACGACGUACGAGGGGAGCGUGGCAAUGACGUUAUUAUUGUUCUAGUUGGAAACAAAACUGAUCUUAACGACAAGCGUGAGGUCACAACCGCGCAGGGUGAAGAGGAGGCUAAGAAGAACGGGUUGAUGUUCAUCGAGACUAGCGCCAAAGUUGGUCAUAAUGUCAAGCAACUUUUCCGGCGGAUAGCCCAAGCUCUACCAGGCAUGGAAGGCGAAGGUAGCAGAGGAGAAAGCCAAGUGAUCGACGUGAACAUCACCCCAAAAGAGACCACAACCAACGAUGGAUGCGCUUGCUGAAUGCUGUAAUGUACUACCUGGUCACCAUUUUCGAUUACAUUCACCAAUUUGUUUCCUCGAUCUCAUUGAUGAGGUUUGAGAUUGUCAAUAUUGCUGCCAUUCUUAAUCUGUACAUUUUUCUCCCUUUGCUUUUCAAGUGAAUAGCGUGUUUAGAUCGAAGCCGUUUUUUCUUUUCUCUUUCUUUCCUGUUUUCCUACACGGUCGCCUGGUGCUUGGUGGGAGAAUUCGGCGUUCUACUUGCUACAUCGCAUCAACAUCCCAUUGCUUGCCCCCCAGAUUCAUGCGAUAUCCUUUCUAUCUUUAACGGCCCAGAUUUGAGUUUAUGGUUCUAAGAUGUCAUGGCUCUUGUAAGAUUUUGGACAACGUCUACUAUACAUAUAUAUUGUACUAUUCACCAUACUAUUCGCAACUGCAUAGCAUCCAGAAAUGUCAGCCAGCAGAAUUAGGAGCAAACGAAAAAUGAAAACGAAAAGAAACAGGUCAAGGCAGACAUUCGCAUAUCUUCAUAAUACGACGGAGUAAACAACCCGGAGUUGGUCAUUAGC